AUGCCGUCGCCGUCGCCGGAUUGGCUGCGCCAGGCUUCUGACAUCGAACGAGACGGAGACGGAGGAGUAGGAGGAGGACAUUCGAUGAUGCACAAAUUCGGGAACGGAUCCGAUUGUUGGAAUACUCACACGAACGAAUCAUCAUCAUCAGCAGCAGCGGUGAUGAAGAGAAGGAAGAAAACGAGAGCGCGAAUGGAGGAGGAGGAGACUUGGAGGAGCGAAGAUCAUCGUCAUCGUCGAGAGGAGAGAGAAGGAUUACACGAAGAAGACGAAGACGAUUCAGACGACGACGAAGAGAUGAUUGUCGGGGAACACGGGGAGUUCAAGCUGGCGGAGAAUUACGAGAUGCAUCUCGUCGACGGGACGAAUCGAGAGCGAGAGAUUCGACGAUUGAUGCGAAAAUUUGAAUGUGAGCACCCAGAAGAAGAAGAAGACCCAGAAGAAGAAGAAGAAGAACCUUUUACUACCGCUCCUCCAGACGAGCGAGAACGAGAAGAACAAAAACAAGAAAACCAAGAACCUCGCGAUGGUCGGACUGGAGGGGCCUUUACCGGCGCAAAAAGUGGCGUCGCGUGCACCGAGGUUGUUCAAGAAGUCAUCGCAAAGUUGACGGAAAAAACACCCGCCGGCGUCGCCGAACGCUCGAAAAUUGAAAAGCAAAAAACGAAACAGAUCGUUCCGAACCUGGAGAGAUGGAAGCGAACGAGCGCGAAAGAGAUUGAAGAGCUGGAAGAAUCGUGCGAGGAAACUUUGAGGUUGAUGGAACAGAAAAGGGACUUGACGCACGUGUGGUUCCAUUUCGAUUACGACAUGUUUUACGCGCAAGCGGCGAUUGUGGAUAACCCGGUGUUGAGGGACAUGCCAUUUGUUGUCGGCGCACCGGUGUGCACGACGGCGUCGUACGUGGCGAGGCAAUUUGGGAUUCGAAGUGGCAUGCCAACACACACGGCGAUGAAGUUGUAUAAACAUCACGUGAAUAAACAGACGAGGAAAGCGGCGAAGCAGGCGUACCUGGAAGGUUUAAGGGAACGAUUUCCAGACGACGACGAAGAGAGGAAAGCGUGGGAAACGGCGAGACGCGAAGAGUUGGGUGAUAAACGUUACGAUAAAGCGUUUGAGUUUGAGGAACUGUUAGUGACGGACGUUGAUUUUGAUCGGUACGCGGAAAUCGCCAAACUUGGUCAUGAAGUGUACAGGAAAUACGAUCCAGACUUCCUCGCGCCGUCGAGCGACGAGGUGUAUUUGAACAUGACCGAGUAUUUCAAGUUUGACGAACGAGAGAUGACCCCGGAAGAAAAGUCCGACGAAAUGGAGAAAACGAUGAAGAAAAUACGAGAAGAAGUUUUUGAAAAGGCAAAGCUGACGGUAUCCGGCGGUGGUGGCCCGUCCAUGCGCUUGGCGAAAAUUUGUUCAGACGUGAACAAACCAAACGGCCAGAAAAUCUUGACGUUUACCAGCGAAGACAUUUUAAAGUUCUUGAACACCCUUUCGAUUAGGAAGAUUGGAGGGAUUGGAGCUUCCAUGGAGCGCUAUUUAAACGCGUUUGAUGUGAAAACGUGCGGAGAUAUCAUCACACACAAAGCCAAACUCGCGAAAGUGUGUCACGCGACGGCGUAUACGUUUUUAUUCUCAGUCGCCAUGGGCGUCGGGAUGGAAACCGUACCACCGCCGAUACAAGAUGGUGCGCCUGGAAGACGAGGUGUUUCCAUGAACCGCUCGUGGUACCCAGGGAUUAGCAAAUACGAAUACUUGUUCAAAAUUCUCGAAAGUUUUGCACAAGGUGUCUCCAAAGAGGUGAAACGCCUGAAUUUCAUACCUCGACAGAUCAUGAUUACCGCGAAGUUCCAACACAACUUCCAGCAAGUGACGAGGCAAAGAAGGUUGCCGCGCGCGUCGCAAAGCUACAAAGAUUGGAUUCCUACAGUCAAAGAUUUGUUCGACAAGUUAUACCACGAGUUUGAUGGGGAUACAAAACCCUUGGACGUUCGAAGACUUGGCGUGAGAGUGUCCUGCUUUAUAGGCGAGGAGCUUGAAAAUAUCACGGAAGAUCAAAGGCUCAACGUCCCGAAAGCGGCGAAUGCUAGCGAUCUUCCUCACGCGAAUCAGGGCGUUUACUUUGAUUUGAAUAAUAAGGAUACGUACACGUGCCCUGAGUGUUGUCUAUCGGUACAAGAAGAGAAUCGGAAGGAUCACGAGUUGGUGCAUAGGAUGCAUAGGGGAGAACGCGAAAGGUUAGGUGCUCAUAUUCCUUCUUCCUCACCGCGAAAGUGUGCAAAGACGCUGCCGUCGCAAGGAAAGAACCGGUUCUUAAAACGAAAGUCAAAUUUAAAACCGGUGGUUCAAAGAGCCGACGGGAGCUCGAAGAAAACAAAGAAAGCAAAGCAAGUGGUAGCGCCUAUAGAUAGAAAACAGGCGCGUUUGAAGAAGUAG